GGAUGCCUGUGCCAGGCUCCUGUGAUGCCCAGGUGGGUGCCACGGCUCAUGCUCUGGCACUGCUCCCCUGAGCUGCCACGGUGUGGUGCAACCUUGUGCCCGGUGGAGAGGAAAGAGCCGAAUCUUGCCCCACCGGUGUGCUGCUCCUUGGUGACCUGGGGCAUCCGAGGAGUUAAAACUCAGCCCUUGUGAUGAAUAUUUAACAGCGGAGCACAGGCUGGAGCGGAGGAUUUCUCCGGGCUGGCAGCGCUGCCUCCCUCCCCAGCCUUGCCGCCUGCCCGGGUGCACUGCGGAGGAGGCCAGGGCGUCGACGGGGGGGCCGCCCGCUGCUGCCCAGCCUGCCGCCGGCAUGGGGACACAGGGGCUGGGGAUAACUUUCCUGACUUUGCCUCUCGUCGUGCGAGCAGCCACGGGAGGGCAGUGGUGUUACGACUCGCAGGACCCCAAAUGCGGACCCAGCCACUGGAAGGAGCUCAAAGCUACGUGCGGUGGUGACAAGCAGUCCCCCGUGAACAUCGACAGGCGCCGGCUGCAGCGGGACAGCGCCCUGGGGGACAUCCUCUUUGAGCGCUAUGACCAGGCACCCCCCGGCAAGUGGAGGCUGGCAAAUGAUGGGCACACAGUGAUGCUGAGCCUGGCGAGCGAGUUGGCAUCGGAACACAUCACCAUCAGCAGCGGAGGCCUCCCCGGCAGGUACCGUGCGCUGCAGCUCCACUUCCACUGGGGCAGCCCAGCUGGGAAUGGCUCUGAGCACACCCUCGAUGGCCACCAACUCCCUAUGGAGCUGCACAUCGUCCACAUGAAUGUUAAGUACCAGACGUUGGCAGAGGCCAAGGGGCAUCCCAACGGGCUGGCUGUCCUUGGCUUCUUCUUCCAGGUCUCUGAAACCCCUAACACCAACUAUAACACCAUCGUGGGGGGGCUGAGGAACGUCUCCAGCGCUGGGCAAUCCGUGGAUCUGGCCUCCACCUUCCGCCUGGACACGCUGCUGCCGCCGCCCAGCCGCCUCUCCGGGUACUACCGCUACCAGGGGUCCCUAACCACCCCCGACUGCAGCGAGGUUGUCAUCUGGACCGUCUUCGAGGAGCCGGUGGCGAUCGGACGGGAACAGCUGCGGGCGUUCGUCAGCACCCUCCACUUCCCGGCCGACGGCCCCAGGCUGCUGAAGAUGACCAACAACUUCCGCCCACCGCAGCCCCUGGGCGGCAGGAAGGUCUUCGCCUCCCGGGCAGCCACAGCCAGCGGCGCCCCCCCGGGCCGCGGCCGCUGCCACCUCCUCUUCCCCCUGCUCCUCCUGGCCCUGCUCGUCCCCUUCUCACCACACCCAUAGGUUCUGGCGCAGCCUUUCAACAGCCUCCGCACAAGCGCUGCCCUGCGCUGGCACUGGGGAGGCAACACCCCUGGUGCAUGGGGAACGGGGAGCAAAGGUGAAAGAGCACCUCGAGACCUCGGCCGGGGCCCUGCGAGCCUGGCUCGGCGCAGGGGUGAACCUCCGCAAGCCUGCAGCCCGCCUCUGAUGCUCCUGUAGCCAGCGGCGGCAGCCUUCGGGACGGGAUGCUGCAGGGGCUGGAAUAAAGCUGAGGUCUUCGCCGGUG